UAUGAUAAUUUCGUAUUAUUAUGUCCCGAAAAGAAUGGAGUGAAUUUUGGGAGUAAAUGUGAAGCGCAAACCCUAAUUCGGUAGUGAGUGUAGUUUAGAUUUUGGGUGUUUUGAUCAAAUUCGAUAGUGCAGAAAUGAAAUCAGGGGUUUCAUCUUCUUCAGUUGAAGUUUUGAGGAACAGAGGAGAAGGAAUCGCCUCCGCUCUAUCUUCUUCAGAUCAGUCUCGUUUGUUGCUUGCCACUAGACCUCCCAGGCAAGUAGUAUCAAUCUGGACUUGUUCAAAGCUAUGUGCUGUUUGCUUUGUUGCCGGGGUGGUGGUUGGUUAUUCGUUAAAGCGAUGUGUUAAUCGAUGGGUUUCCAAGCUACUAAGGAGAUUGAAAGAUGAUUGAUAUAUCCAUCCUCCAUCCCCUUGUUCUGCUGUGCCAGUUUCAUUGUUUUUAAUUGAUAGAAAUGAAUUGCUGAGUUAUUACUCAAUUAGGAAAUGCAACCAAAUGCUUAGCCCCCUUCCAUUGUAUUGAAAUUAUAAAGUUCAAAAACCAACAAACCUUUUCUCUUUUUUUAUGGUAGAUUGACCAAUUGCUGUAAUAAUUUUAUUAUCUCAUGUAGUUUGUCCCCUUUUGCAGUAUAAGCUCCUAGUACAUAUGUUUUUAAGAAUUGUGGUUAGGUUGAUAUUAAGAAUUGAAAUCAUUGUAUAACUUAUUCAUUAGUUGUAAGUUUCAAGGAUUCCAUUGUUA